AUGGAGAUAGAGAGGCUGGGGGGUCUCUAUAUGAGGCGUUUGUGUGUGGUUGCAGCAGCAAUAUAUUGCUACUGCUGCUGCGCUGCUGUUGCUGCAGCAGGGUUUGCUGCAGUCCCCUUAUCAUCAUCAGCAGCAGCAGCAGCUGUCUCCCCUCACUCAUAUAAUCCAGGAAAGAUAUCUGUUAAGCUGGGGGCCUCUCGUUUUAUUGCUGCUGGAGACGGUGUCUCUACAACUAAAGGAGACCUGAAGAUUGGCGGGUUUGCUGCACAUUUAGUGUUUGAUAAUGUUCGUAGAGAAGCUAGAAAAGAAGCAGGCCAGAGGGCCUCUAAGACUGUUAAGAUACCCUUCACUACCCAGCUAGCCCGCAUCAGCAAUGCAGCAGCAUCAGCUGCUGCUGCAGCAAAUGCGCAGCAGCAGCAGCAGCAGCAGCAGCAGCAGCAGCAAGAUCACCCAAUGCUACCAGCUUCUCGAAGACAAAGAAUUUUAAGAAUACUUAAGGCGGUCUUCCCAGCUAUCAGACGGAGACUGCUGCUGCUGCGCCCCGGGCAGCUGCAGCAGCAGCAGCAGGAGCAGGAGCAGCAGCAGCAAUCUGCAUCAGACUCCGAGCAAGCAGCAACACCCCCUUACAGCAGCAGCAGCAGCAGCAGCAGGGAAGAACGAGGAGGAGACUCUGGGCAGCAGCAGGCAGGAGAGGGAGCUGAGAGAGACGAGGAGACAGCAAAAGCAAAAGAAGAAGAGACAGCCGCUCUAAAAACGCAAAAUAAGCAGCUGCAACGGAUGGUGAAGGUCUUAUCAGUAACUGUGAGGGGCCUGCUGAGGCACUCAAUGCGGCUGCGGGCUCAGCUGGCGCGGCAGCUGCAGCAGAAGCAGGAGCAGCAGGAGCAGCAAGAGCAGCAGCAGCAGCAGCAGGGAAGUGAGGGCGACGCUGCAAGCAGCAACAAGAGCAGCGACAGCAGCAGCAACAGCAGCGACAGCAGCAGCGACAGCAGCAGCGACAGCAGCAGCAGCAACAGCGUCAGGGUUGGGGUUUUGUCUCCUUGGGAGUCUCCUGAGAGUCUCCAAGCCCGCAAAAUUAUCUUAAGGAGACAGUAUCCACCUCCUGCUGCAGCAAGCCGUUCGUAUUAA